AUGGUCGCCCUCACCAUCACCCCCAAGCACGGCAACCACACCCGCUACUUCCCCCACGCCGGCUUCCUCGGCCUCUCCCCCGUCAUCCUCGCCGGCCACGUCCACACCAGACUCGAGGAGGACAACCAGCCCCUCGAGGCGAGCCGGCUGGUCGUCCGGAUCCGAUGCUACGAGGCCGUCGGAUCCACCCUCUCCAAGGGCACUCGCCCAGAACUGCCAGACUCCUUCAACAAGCUCUCCAACCUCAACGUCCUCUGGCAGACCGAACAGACCCUCUGGGCCGCCAGAAGCAGCGCCGGCUACGAACCCCUCGGGGACUCCAACCGCCCCUGGAAACUCACCAUCCCCACCCAUGCCGUCGACCCCACCCACAACAGCAACGCCCAGCAAUCCUGCCCAGCCAUCGGCUCAAUCACCUACAAGACCUGGAGAUCCUGGUGGCAGGUCGAAACGGUCAUCUAUCAUAAACCAGCGGGCAUCAUGGGCUCCAAAUUGAUGAAAUCACAUCCACUCUAUCUCAUCAACUACCGCGAGGCCGAGAAGUACUACAGCAGCCCAGAGGAACCCACAACGACCAUCCAGAGCAGCAACUCCAGGAUCAGGUACUCAAUCACCUCACCCACCGCCGUCUGCUGCGGAGACGAGAUCCAGAUCAAGAUCCUCAUCGGAACCAAGCCACCACCACCACCACAGCAACAACAACAACAACAGCACCCCCACCAUCAUUCACCAGCACCAGCAACAUCAUCAUCCAGCUCCGAGAGUAGCAGCGGCGAGCCCGAGCUGAUCCUCAAACGCUUACAGGUCUCCCUCGUCAGACGCCUCGCCAUCGAGCUCUUCAAGCCCUCGCCCUCCUCCACACAGCCCAUCCCAAUCGACCACAAGCCAUGGCGCCUCGCCCGCCACCUCGCCAACCCCGCCCUGCGCCCCAUCAACCCCUUCGCCUCCGCCUCCGCCCCCUCUCCAUCCUCCAUCCUCACCGCCCCCCUCUCCUCCGAACCCCUUACCACCCCCACCAGCAACAGCACCCCGCAUUCUAUUGCCCUCGGUAGCAAUCUUAACGCCAAGAGACAGUUCACCACCGUCAACACCCUCAUCACCAAUACCGAAGGCAUCUCCAAAUCCGUCCUCCUCAACCAUCUGGAUCACCACCAGCCUCACCCUUCGCUCCUCGACCAGCAUCAGCCACAGCAUCCGCCGGCCAGAUACGAGUACGGCUUCCUCGUCAAGCUCAAGGUCCCCCUCGUCAAGUCCAAGUCGCACUACUCGAUCGGCGAGACCUGCAAGACCAACCUAGCCACCGUCAACUUCUCGUUCCAGUUCAAACUGUCGAUCAAGAAUAAGGUGACCAACAGGCUCGAGACCAUCGACCUUUCCGAGCUCAAUGUCGACGUCUUUUCCAUCUCCAAGGCCGAGAUCCAGGGCGCCCUGGGCCAGCUCAAGAAGAUCAGCGGGUCUGGCUCCCUUCCCCCCCGUCGCUUCGUUGUCGUCGGCCCCCGCGUCCACAUCCGGCUCGGCCUCGGCCGCCGGCUCCAAGCCGCCCUCGCCCAACGACCGCGCCCCUCUCAUCCCGCCGUUCGUCUUUCCCCGCGACGACCUGUCGCCUCCCCCGGUGCCCCAGUAACGCCCGCCACUUCCUUGUUCCCGCCCCCGGGUCGCCCGGCCGAUCGUGGCCUUCUUGCGCGACGAAUCCCCCCGCCCCCCGAUUUCUUUCUCCUUUUCCGCUACACUCAUACUCAACACCAGCCCCCUCGUCAUAGACUUCUCUCCUGGCCAUACCCUCCUCACGCUCUCUCAGACACGCCCCUCGUGGCCGCGCCGUCGGCCGUUGUCUCCAGCCCCCGCCGUCUCCGGCCCGUUCCCUCCAGCCCUUCCGCGCCCGAAUAUCGGCACGAUCUCCCAUACGAGGAUGGCGUGAGCCUCGGAGGUCGUCGGCCAGGCCGCCACCCAUCCGCCGCUCUCCACCGCCACCACGUCCCGCUUGCCCUCGCCUCCCGCGCUCUUCCAGCCGCGCCCUGUCCUUUCUUUCCCCGUCCGCUUGUCGGCCCCCUUCUCCCCCUGGCGACCCUCGCCGCCCCUGCUGCCCACCCAGAUGUACCAUCGUCCCUCUUUUUUUCGUUCACCUGUCUCUGCUUUCUCUUUCUGGUAAAGCUCCCUCCCGUCAUCCAUACACACAUCGCCCGCCAUCUGCGCCACCUGUCUCCGUAA